AUGCCCGCUCACCCCCCACAGCCCGUCAUCAUCGUCGCCUUCUACUCCACCUACGGCCACAUCGGCGCCCUCGCUGAGGAGGUCAUCAAGGGUGCUGAGGCCACUGGCGCCAUCGUCAAGCCCUAUUUCAUCAAGGAGACCCUUCCCGAGGAGGUCCUCACCAAGAUGUACGCCGGCGGCUCUUUGAAGCCCAAGUACCCCAUCAUCACCCCCGAUGACCUCGUCGAGGCUGAUGGUAUCAUCUUUGGUGCCCCUACCCGAUACGGCCGAGUUCCCGCUCAGGUCUCUGCCUUCUUUGACGCCACUGGUUCUCUCUGGGCCAAGGGUGCUCUUGUUGGCAAGUUUGUCAGCUUGUUCACUUCUGCCGCUGGCCAGCACUCUGGUCACGAGGUGCGUACUGCUGCCUCUGCACGCAGCUUCCCCUUCUUUGCCCACCACGGUCUCGUCUACGUGCCCAUCGCCUACUCUGAUCCCGCUGUUGGCGGUAUCGAUGAGAUCCAGGGUGGCUCUCCUUACGGUGCUUCCACCGUUGCUGCCGCCGAUGGUCACCUCCAGCCUACCGCUACCGACCUCAAGAUUGCUACCCACCAGGGCAAGUACUUUGCCGACUUUGUCGGUACCUUUGUCAAGGGCAAGUCUGCUUAG